AUGCAUUCGCGUCGACCCGAGACUUUGAAGAUUGACAUCUCCAAGUAUGGGGGGGUCGAAGAAGACUCCCUCUUGAGAUGGUUCGUCGAAUUGGAUGACGCCAUAAGGGCGCGUCGCAUCGACGACGGGGAUAUGCAAGUUGCAUUUGCCCAGUCAAAUCUGGCAGGACGUGCCAAGACUUGGGCACUGGGGCUCAAGUUGCACGACCCAUAUGCGUUUGGGUCGUUGGAAGUCUUCAAGUCGCGGCUCAGACAAACGUUUGAACCGCCUAGAGCUGAGUUCAGAGCUCGAACCGAACUCUUGAAGCUCAAGCAGGGUAAGCGUGAUGUACACGCUUACGCUCAACAUAUACGACAUCUCACGAGUUGUAUAAGUUCCAAUCCGGUGGAUGAACACACGUUGGUUUCGGUGUUCAUGCAGGGUCUUGCGGAUGGUCCCGUCAAGACUCACCUGUUCCGGCUUGAACUAGAUUCACUAGAACAAGCCAUUUCCAUUGCGGAGCAGGAAGACUUCAGUCUGAGACAGGCUCGCGCCAGCUCGACAUCAUAUCGUCAACCGAGACGAUAUGACAACGGAGGUCCAGAGCCGAUGGAACUCUGUUAUGUAGAGAGCGAGAAGGCUCGCUCUACAGGCUACAAGAAGUUGCAGAGAUGCAACAGAUGUCAAAAGACAGGACACUACGCUUACGAGUGUAGUGCCCCUCGUCCAGUGUCUCGCGACACUGGGCGUAGUGACCGUCCACCCAUGAGAAAGGGGCAGGGACGAGGGUCCGCUGUUGGUGCAAAGACGCAACAACGGGAUGGACCGUCAAAAAACGGACAGGAUCAGUAG